AUGAAUGCGGUUAAAUUGGUUUCUUCCACCAAAAAACAACUUGAAAAGUUUAGGUUGGAAGGUUUUAAUGAGUUCUUGGAGAAGGUUAACUCCUUUUGUGAUAUGUAUGAACUUGAGGUGAAAAAAUUGGAUGAUGAAUACGUUAACCCAAGGUGGCUAAGAAGAAAGACGGACAUCACAAAUCGACAUUAUUACGAGUGUGAUUGCUUCAAUGCGGUUCUAGAUUUGCAAAUUCAAGAAUUUGGGAACCGUUUUAACGAGGUAACAUCGGAACUACUUGUUUGUAUGAGUUGUUUGAGCCCGUAUGAUAAUUUUAGUGCAUUUGACAUUCAAAAUAUACUAAAGCUAGCCGAGAAGUAUCCAUAUGAUUUCAAUGAAGACGAAAAACGUAGGCUUCUGGUUCAACUCGGAAACUACAUUGAUUUUGUGAAAAAAGAUAAACAAUUCCCCAACUUGGAUGGUUUAUCAAGUCUUGUAAGGUUAAUGGUUUCAACAAAUAUUCACGUAACUUUUACAUUGGUAUAUCGGUUAUUGAAGCUUGUUCUCGUAUUACCUGUCACAACCGUAACCGUCGAAAGAUGUUUUUCGGCAAUGAAGAAUGUGAAGACCGACUUGCGUAAUUGGAUUGGCGAUGAGAAUUUAAGUUAUAGUUGUAUAUGUUAUAUAGAGAAAGACUUGCUUAAGAAAGUAGUUUUAGACGAUGUUUUGGAUAGAUUUCAAAAAAUGAAAACCCGUAGGGCGACAUUUUAA